GCAUGGACCGCGCGGCCGACGCGACGGCCGCGGCGCUGGGCGCCUGGGCGUCCGUCCGGGGAUUCUUCACCCCGGCAACGCUCUUCAUCGUCGUCAACCUCGUCAUCGGCACCAUCGCGCUCAGCUCCCGCUUCCAGCAGCGACGACGACGCGGCAACGCCUACAACGACGACGGUCAGCACCACGAGCAGCAACAACAACCGUUCCACCACCCGCAGGCGCAGCACCACCAGGAGGACCGGUACUACGACGACCAGCAGCGGCAUCACGAGCAGCAGCAGCAGCAGUACGUGCCCCCACAGCCCGCGCCGCUCGCGCGCACGUCGUCCGUGCUCGACCGGCUCCGCUCCAUCGGCCUCUACCGCUUCCGCUCCGGCGACUUCCCGCCCGAGUACGCCGCGGGGGCGGACAGCACGGCGUCUCCCGCCCCGGACAGCGGAGACGCGCACCACGCCAGGAGCCGGUCGGAGCCUGCGCCGGCGCCGGCGCGGGAGGUGAGGAGGAGGCCGAAGAAGUCCUCCAGAUCGGACACCAGGUUUAAUCCCGAGGUGGCUCCGCCGCCCGCGGUCCAGCCGGCCGUGCUGGAGGAGGACGACGACGAUGAGGAGGAGUACGCGAGGGCGGACGAGUUCACGGACACCAACUUCGCCACGCAGCCGCUGCAGCAGGAGGAGGAGCACUUGUACCGGGAGGAGUACGAGGAGCAGUACUACCGAGAGGAGUACGUCCCUCCUCCGCGGCCCGCGCCGCUGCCCCGCGCGCCGUCCGUCCUGGAGCGGCUCCGCUCCUUCAGCCUCUCCCGCUUCCGCUCCGGCGAGGUCGCCGCCGACGACGCCGCGGCCGCCGUGGCGGAGCUCGAGCGGAGCCACCACGCGGCGCAGUACAGCAGGAGCCGGUCGGAGCCGUCGAGGGAGCAGAGCGCCAAGGGCAAGAAGCUGCAGCAGGAUUCCGCCGAGGCGAGGAUGAGCAAGUCGAGCUCGGUGGCGAGGAAACCCGCGCCGGUGGAGCCGGAGGCCGAGGUGGGCGGCGUGGACGCGCGGGCGGACGACUUCAUCAACAGCUUCCGGAAGCAGCUCCAGCUGCAGCGGCUCAACUCGCUGCUCAACUACAAGGACAUGCUCAACCGCGGCGCCUAGCUAGCAUACCAUGC